CUGCAACCUGCUCAAUUGGCAUUGGCUGCAAUCCCCUCCUACCGCGAUAAGGCCGCUCGCGCCGCGAGAAGGCAAGUCGGCGCGGCGGAGCUGUCGCAGUGAGGCACUUUCCCCCGCGGUUCCCGGCGCCCGCCCAGGCCUUCCCUGCACCAUGCGCGUGCCUUACCUGCACGAGGCGUACCGCGCCUUCACCAUCGGCCUGCAGGCGGGCGUGGUGGCCGUGGCGCUGCUCUGGCUGCUGCGGGUCACGGGUCUGUACACGUGCGCGUGUGCGUGCCCCUGCGCCACGUUCGUGACGGCGUGCGCGCUGGGGGCGCUGGCGGCUCUGCAGGCGGGGGCGCAGCGCCUGUCGGCGACCGGGCGCGGGGUGCUCGUCACGGGCUGCGACUCGGGCUUCGGGUUGGCGCUGGCGCGGCGCCUGCAGGAGCUGGGCUGCGUCGUGUUCGCGGGCUGCCUGCAGGCGGCGAACGGCGACGGCGCAGUCGAGCUCCGGCGCCUGCCGCGCGUGCACGUGCUGCAGCUCGACGUCACCAACGACGAAGAGAUAGAAGCAGCGCGCGCCUACGUGCAGCAGCAUCUCCCGGUAAAUGGGCUGUGGGGCGUGGUGAACAACGCGGGCAUAUUCAUGUUCGGCCCGGCCGAGUUGACGAGGCCCGAAGACGCGGCGCGCCUCUUCCACGUGAACACCCUGGGCACGCUGCGCGUGUCCAAGGCCUUCCUGCCGCUGCUGCGCCGCACCAAAGGCCGCCUGGUGAACAUGGUGAGCGUGGCGGGGCGCGAGUACUGCGGCCCCAUGGCCUCCUACACCAUGUCCAAGCACGCGUCCGAGGGCCUCAGCGACAGCCUGCGCCUGGAGCAGCGGCGCUUCGGCGUGCACGUCGCCACCAUGACGCCCGGCGCCUUCGCCGCAGAAAAAGGAAGAUUUUUUAAACUUUAUGCAAAGGACCUCUCCCCUGUGAUAGCUGCAAUUGAGCAUGCUCUGUUCGGAAAAUGGCCGGCACCGCGCUACCAUCCGUCUGACAUCUGGUACCUGCUACGCACCGUCCUCAAUACACAUGGACCCGAGUGGCUCUAUGAGAAGCUCUACUCUUGAGCACCUCACAAACUCUUCUAAUAAAUGCUUUUCGCUAUAUCAUUGCUAUCAUUUAUUCUCCUUGAGUUUCAUAUUUGAGGUUUUUCCACUUUGGAUGUGGUGAUGUUAAGGAGUUUUGGCACUUCGAACCUUCGUGCGCAGUUUGAGUUCUGCAUCACUUUUGUGCAUCUGCGCCAGAGCAGAAGAUUGAUGGAGUUGUCGAUUGUUGUAACGCUUCGUGGUGCAAAAACUCCCUAGUUUUAGAUUUAGAUUUAUUUAGUCAAAAAAAAAAAAAAUUUUUUGAAUUUCAUAAUCCCUUCCCG